GGCUCUCCGCAUUCGGUUGCAGCAUUUUGAGUUGUCGUUCAGCUCGUUCUGUGCAGAAGAGGAUUACACAAUUUAUUGCUACUUGGGUUCUACUUCUGGUGAUCAUUGUAUUUUAGAACGAGAGAGGACUUAGAAGUGGUAUUUUAUCAGGAUGGCGCUGGGUCUGUCUCUGGUCACGGAGCGGACUACUUCCGGGACUCCUGUAGUUGACUCAGAGAGCGAUGAAACCAUCGCUCGCAUUCAGCCAGAUAUUGGGAUCGUUCUGGGGGAGGGACUUAUUGAGGAGCCUGGAACACUAUACGUAACCACCAGGCGCUUGGUCUGGUUAUGUGACGGCGAUGUUCAUAAGGGCUAUGCUGUUGAUUUCGUUGCACUGACAAUGCAUGCUAUUUCUAGAGAUGUUGAAGCUUAUCCACAGCCCUGCAUCUAUACUCAGAUUGAGACAGGCCAUGAGGAGGAUGCGUUUGAAGAAGAUGCAGAUGAUGCAGAGGAGCCUCUUCCGGAUGGAACGAACGGCUCCCCGAACGAUUUGUCUCUUGUUACAGAGAUGCGGCUUGUUCCAAGAGAUCCCAGUGUCCUGGAUCAACUGUUUCAAGUUCUAUGCGAUAUUGCCCUGUUGAACCCCGAUCCUGAAGUUGAGCAAGAAGGGGAAGCGGAGUGGAUUUUUGACUCAGAUGAAGUGAAUGGCAAUGGGAUUGGGGCCAGCCCUAGGAAUGAUAAAACCGAUCGAAACGUAGACCUUGCGCAGUUCCUACAUCAUGAUCCACGCUUCGACGAUGCUGUGGAAGAUGAUUCCGACGGUAAAUGAACGACAAAAUCUGCAAUUGGCAGCAGUGAAAAUCCCCCCCCCCCCCCCCACAUCGAAUCUCAGAAAAACCGUUUGAAGUAGGGGUAACUAGUUUUGGGCAGUGGCGGCAUCAGUCGAGUCUUCAGCAAGAAUGGCAACACAGAAGCCACACACCCACACUUAUUUUACAUGGAAUGUUACAGAUGUAGAAUGAUACACCAACUUUCUUGUGGAUAAGACUUUUGCUCGGAGAUUUUGAAGAUCUGUUAAUGGUGAAAGUGGUUCGUUUCCGCCUCUGAAAAUAGAAUACCAAUGUAACGGAUUGUUGUCCCGAGGUUUUAAUUACAUCAUGUACUGACCAGAAGUGGCAUUUCCUUGAGAAAAAAGCACACUUCAUUUCAAAUUCCCCAGCCAAAAAAAGAAAAUUACAUGUAUUUAAAACUUA